UGUUGUAAACAGAAGGAAAGAUGGCGGAGUCAGGGGAGUCCAAGGCAACAUGUACUUUUCUAUUUAAAAAAUCAACCAAAAAAUGCAACACUCGGAAGAGAAAAGCCAGUGACAGCGACAAAGAUGGCAACAGUGACGAAGACAAGAAUGCCGUCGUCAGAAAAGAAAAAAAGACGGGUUCAGCAAACCCUAUGAUUCAAAGGACAAAGAAAGUAGAGAGAGAGGAGGUGUCAUCUGCUGAAAGUGAUGAGGAGAAAGAAAGAAAGAAAGUUACUGUUGCAUACAAGUCCACACGGUCAGCAAAACCAGAGGGGCCAGAUGACAUGGGAGCAACUGCAAUCUAUGAGCUGGACACAGCAAAGGACAAUGAUGCUCAGGCCAUCUUUGAGAGGAGUCAGAAGAUCCAGGAGGAGCUGACCGGUAAAGAGGAUGAUAAGAUCUACAGAGGAAUGAACAACUACAAAAAGCACAUCAAGCCCAAAGACUCCACCAUGGGCAAUGCAUCCUCUGGCAUGGUCAGGAAGGGCCCAAUCCGGGCCCCAGAGCACCUGAGGGCCACAGUGAGGUGGGACUACCAGCCAGACAUCUGCAAGGACUACAAAGAGACUGGCUUCUGUGGCUUUGGAGACAGCUGCAAGUUCCUCCAUGACCGCUCAGACUACAAACAUGGCUGGCAGAUUGAGAGAGAGCUGGACGAGGGGCGCUAUGGGGCCAACGAUGAUGAGAACUACGAGGUGAGCAGUGACGAGGAGGACAUGCCCUUCAAAUGCUUCAUCUGCCGAGAGUCCUUUAAGAACCCCGUCAUCACCAAGUGUCGGCACUACUUCUGUGAGACCUGUGCUCUUCAGCACUACCGCAAGUCCCAGCGCUGCUAUGUGUGUAACGUCCAGACCAACGGCGUCUUCAACCCAGCUAAAGAGCUGGCAGCCAAGAUCGCCAAACACCAAGCCAUGCUUGACCAGCCACCCUCUGAUGAAGAAGAUUAGCAACCUACUGUAAAUACAGUACCUGUCCCAUCCAACUCCUUCAGUGUCUGUUAUAAGUCUCCCCUCCCCUCCCCUGUUUUGUUUCAUUGUGUCAAUGUCAAGCCUUCUGGAAUAAAACUUGAUUUUGUAAUA